AUGCCAGAGGGAGACAUAGAGAGGAAGAAAUAGACAAGCAGGGGGGGCAAGGCGAGGUAGGUAGAUAGGUAGGGAGAGAGCCAGCAAAGAGAGGGAGGCCCCAUGGCGCCCCUUGUGCGAAGCGUGGCCGCUCUAGCUAUCACCGCCGCCCUGGAAACGACAGCCUUCGUGUCCACGCCCAACCCCUACCGCACAGCACGAUCAACAACCGCCGGCGCGCGACAAGCUGGCAGACCAGGGCUCCUGAGGCCAUCACCCCAGCACCGCAGCAGCAGGUGCCGCGUUCCCGCAAUCGCCGCCGCCUCCGUGCCCGUCAAGGCUGUGGCCGACGAGGAUGUCGCGACGUUGCCCGUGGAGCAGACCAAGCGCGACGACCUGCGGAACCUAGCAAUCGUUGCGCACGUUGAUCACGGCAAGACAACUUUGGUAGACGCCAUGCUUCAGCAAAGCUCCGUCUUCCGGGACAACGAGCAAAUGGGCAUCAGAGUGAUGGACAGCAACGACCAGGAGCGCGAGCGUGGAAUCACCAUCUUGGCGAAGAACUGCGCCAUCAAGUACGAGGACACGAAGUUCAACUUGGUCGACACCCCCGGCCACGCGGACUUCGGGGGAGAGGUCGAGCGGAUCCUGAACAUGGUGGAUGGUAUCUUGCUCGUUGUGGACUCGGGGCCUAAGCCCCAAACCAGGUUCGUGCUCAAGAAGGCCCUUGAUCUCGGGCUUCAGGCGGUGGUUGUGGUAAACAAGAUCGACCGGCCCUCGGCACGACCGGAGUAUGUGGUGGACAAGACGUUCGACCUCUUCUGCGACCUGAACGCCAGCGACGAGCAGUCGGACUUCCAGGCGAAUGCGAAUGAGAUCGUGUACACCUCGGCGAUCAAGGGCAUCGCGGGCAACGAGCCCGAUGAAAUGGAGGAGAACAUGGAGCCGUUGUUCAAGGCGAUCAUGGGCAUGCCGAAGCCCCUCGUGAAGGAAACGGCGCCGCUACAGGCGUUGGUGGCCAACAUCGACUACGACGACUUUAAGGGGAAGCUCGGGGUCGGGCGAAUCCACUCGGGGUCCCUGAAGAAGGGGCAAAACGUCGGGCUCGGGCGUCCGGGCGAAGACGUCAAGACCGGCAAGGUCUCCGAGCUCUUCGUCUUCGACAACCUCGGCCGCAAGGCCGUGGAGGAGGCGCACGCCGGGGACAUCGUCAUGGUCGCCGGUCUUGCCCAAAUCGGGAUCGGAGACACCAUCCUAGACCCGGCCAACCCCAACCCGAUGGUGCCCAUCGCGGUGGAGGAGCCCACCGUCCGAAUGACCUUCGGGGUGAACAAGUCGCCCCUGGCCGGCAGGGAGGGCAAGUUCCUCACGACGCGAAUGAUCCGGGAUCGGCUCAUGAAGGAGUUGGACCGCAACGUGGCGUUACGCGUCGAGGAGACGGAUUCCUCGGACGCCUACGAGGUCAGCGGCCGCGGGCAGCUGCACCUGACCGUGCUUAUCGAGAACAUGCGGCGAGAGGGCUUCGAGCUGCUCGUUGGUCCCCCCACGGUUAUCACCAAGCAAGUGGACGGCAGCACGCACGAGCCUUUCGAGACGGUAGAGGUGCAGGUGCCGGACGAAUACACCGGCGCAGUCGUCGACCUGCUCUCGAGGCGGAAGGGGGAAAUGCUCAACAUGACACCCGUUGAGACCGGCGGGGACGCCCAGAUGACCAACAUCGAGUACCUCGUCCCGACCCGGGGCAUGAUCGGUCUCCGCAACAGCAUGCUCACGGCGACACGAGGCACCGCGGUCAUGGACACGAUUUUCGACUCCUACAGACCCUACGCAGGUGACAUCGAGGCCCGAGACAAGGGGUCUCUGAUCGCCCACGAGAACGGCGUGGCGACCCCGUUCGGCAUCGCUGGGGCUCAGAGCCGCGGGGUGAUGAUGGUGUCGGCGAAGGACGAGAUCUACCGCGAUAUGAUCGUCGGGUUGCAUCAGCGCCCGGGGGACCUCAGGGUCAACAUCUGUAAGGCAAAAGCUCUCAACAACAUUCGGUCAGCGACAAAGAGCAUUAGCGAAAGCGUCAUGGUGCCCAUGGAAGUAAACCUGGACAUGGCGGUGGAGUACAUCCAGGCGGACGAGCUGGUUGAAGUCACCCCGACAAAAAUCCGCAUGAUGAAAAACCCCCAGAUGGCGGGGAAGUCGAAGUAGAGGAAAGAACAGCAGUACAUACCCUUGGCGAGGAUAUUUUAAGCUUGAUAUUUUAGGAGGGGUUACAGGGUUAGUCUAUAGGGUUAAGGGGUUAUGUAACCUUCCGUCCGUCUCAACGUGACAUGUUCUCGCGAAGGUGGUCCGGGAAAACUCGUGUUGGUGACGUCGACGAGCGGGAGAUUUUUGCUGUUCAGAACUCGACAUGUCCGUGGAAGUUCUCAUCCAUAUACAAAUUCCCAACACUGGCCUAGGCAGACGUUUUUGUAGGGCUUCGAACCGUAUUGGCAAGAGUAUUUCAGAGCCGUUGGCUGGUGUUCAGGGGUGUGAGGCCGGGCGGGGUCGGCGAAGACAGUGGCAGUUCAAGGACUUCUUGACUCGCUUGUUGCUCCUGGGUAAAUAUUGUUUGCUGCAGUCCAGCACUUUGGGGUUUGAUGUUGUGGUCUAUGUCUGCACUAAAUAGGAUCUAGCGGAUCAUUUGUUAUAUCGGAACGAGAACAAAAAAUCUACUGUCGUACCAAAUUCUCACACUUGUUUCAGCCCUCUGCUGAAAAGUGUUCAGACUAUGGCACGAAAAUAUGAUUUGAGAGAAGAGACGCACCGCAUCCUUUCGUGUACACCCCGCCCCGCCCCGGGUACGACUCUGCUGCUCAUUUUUCCGUGCACAACAAGAUUUGCCCCAUAAUAAUGGAAUCCACGCUUUGCUUGUUUUUCCUGCAGGAACCAUGAUAGUGCCGCACGCUUGCUUGUUUUUCCUGCAGGGACCACGAUAAAUAAUGCCGCACAUGUCUUCGUGUUUAGGCGUUGAUACUAGAGACGACGUUUGGAGGAUAAACUAUAGGCUUAGCGCGGGUCAUGUUUUUCUUUUUUUUGGAGUGGAGGUGUUCGCAUUCCCGGGAUGUGCAAGUGUAACAAGUGGGGACCGGUUGAGACUUGACAGUCUCGGGCAACCCAUGGUCUGGUUUGUUCCCACACCCAAUGACCUUGAGGGCUUGUCAGAAAGUGAAGGAAGGCUCUGUUUGGCCUUGGAGAGAUCGACUAAUUUCGUGUGCGUAGAUACCGGGCGGAACACAAAAAAUAAAUAAAAAUAUAACUCAAGUGGGGCAGCAGCCGUGGGCACACGGAAAUUCAUGCCUUUCCCUACAGAAGACACUGGUUCCUACGAAGAAACGGUGAAGAACCUGGUUCUUCGACUGCCGUUCGUGCGUCCUUGUCCACGCUACCCCCACGCUGUCGAGGGGGUCCUUCCCCUCGCCCUCUCGCUACGCAGUCGGGGAUGUUGAGUCAGACCCUUGUGCCUCGUUGGUGUCUUCACAUUGAAAACCGGUCCGGCCUCUCUACCCAGUACCUUCU